AUGAAAAUUUUACGAAGGGUUAAAAGGCAAAGCAAAAUGAUGACGGGCCUGCUUGCUACUGCUACUGCUACUGCUACUGCUACUGCUAUUGCUACUGCUGCUGCUGAUGAUGAUGAUGAUGAUGAUGAUUGUGAUGAUAGUGGCGAUGAUAAUUUACAUUCAAAAUGUUUUCUUCAUUCUCGCAUAGAGAAAGAACUGGAAAUUAUUGAAUGA